CACCUUAUUUUUGUGGUGGUUCAAUCUCAAAUUCCUCUGGGAUGCUGCAGAGUCCCUUCUACCCUGGAAAUUAUCCAAACAACAUUGACUGUGUGUGGGAAAUACAAGUAGAGAACAAUUUCCGUGUUAUGCUCACGUUUAGAGAUAUUGCGAUGCGAAGCAGCAGAUGCCAGUAUGACUACGUUGAAGUCUAUGACGGGCCUCCACACUCUUCCCCGCUUCUUGGGAGACUUUGUUCUGGUUCCUUUCCCACGUACAUAUCCUCUUCAAACAUGAUGACUGUUCGCUUUCACAGUGAUUCUAGAUAUACCUUCAGAGGGUUUCAGGCUCACUACUCCUCCAUUCCAGCAGAUCACAACACUACCCUUCUGUGCUUGCCAGACUACAUGCAUGCAGUGGUUAGCAGAGACUAUCUCCAGUCUCAAGGCUACUCGGCACAGUUGGUCACCCUGAACGACAAUCGCUGUAGACCAACAGUCACGUCACACGAGGUUAUAUUCAACAUUCCCUACAACGGCUGUGGGACGAUACGAGAGGAGAACAAUGAUACAAUCAACUAUUCCAACAUGAUCAAGAUUACAUCUUCUGGGUACAUAAUCAAGAGGAAAAAGAAUAUUCACUUACAUAUCAGUUGCAAAAUGCUACAGAACACAUGGAUGCAAAUAAUGUAUGUUGCUGAGGAUACUGUAGAUGUGAAUGAAAAUCAGUUUGGAAGAUAUGACAUGAACAUCACUUUUUAUGAUUCCUCAUCAUUCUUGCGGCAAGUGCACGACUCUCCAUACUACAUUGACUUGAACCAAAAUUUGUACCUUGAAGCUUAUCUUCACAGCUCAGACUCAAAUCUGAUCGUGUUUGUGGACACGUGUGUGGCAUCUCCCGAUCCUCAUGAUUUUAACACUCUGGCCUAUGAUAUAAUCAAGAACGGAUGUGUUAGAGAUUCUUCCUAUGCCACAUACUACUCCCCUGACAGUCACAUUGCUCGAUUCAAAUUUAAUGCCUUUGAGUUCAUUCGCCGCCACACGUCAGUCUACCUGCAGUGUGAGCUGGCGGUGUGCAGGCUCCAUGACUAUUCCUCCCGCUGCUACCGGGGCUGUAUUAGCAGAUCCAAGAGACAAACAAGUUCUGCCGAGGAAAAUGUGAAUGUGGUUGUCGGACCACUUCAGCUUCGAGAAGGGGGUGCUCAGAGUAGGAAUAUUGGUAAAGUCAAAUAA